CCAAAAUGCCCCGAACUUCCCUCCCAUUUUCCACUUCCAACACCACCCGCAAACCUAGGGUUCCAGACUUUCCAAUUCAAACACCUCCUUCAAAUUUUCCCCAUUAACGUUCAUUGGCUUUCCCAAUUUCACAUUCCACAAUUUGCUUUCACUCUCAGAAAAAUGAACCCAAACGCGCCAGACCCAUUCCAAACCAUGCUAAAAGAGUCCGUCCACCGGUUCUUAGCCGAAUACCGGAAGGGCGCCACCGAUUUCUCUAAUUUCGGCUCCAUCUUUUCUCGAUUACUGCAAAAUCUACCCGAUCCACCCCUCGAAUUCGUCUGGUUCUACUCGGCGCUAACAUUUCACUCGGCCAAGCUCACAGGCACAGCCCAAGAUGAUUCUUCAAAGCGGGUCUCAGUAGUUAAAGAACUGUUCCAAUUACUGGUCUCAUGCUCGUCUCCUUGCGGCGAGCCUAAAAGAAUUGCGAUGCUCGCUCCGGUUAUUUGCGAGCUUUACUGUUUGGUGCUCGAUAAGAAAAGUUUGAACCCGGAGGUGGAGAGUUUACUAGAGGGGCUUGUUUGUUAUAGUAGCAUUUGCUGCGGUGCGGGACUUGAAGAAGAGGACGCGGGGUUUGCGGGUUCGGGCUUCUCGGACGUGUUGCAUGCGUGGACGGUUGAUAAAAUUGGGAUUGGGGAUGAGUUGAGAGUGGUUUUUCCGAUGGUGAGCGAUGGAGUGCGUAAGGCGAUCAGGAUGGGAUGUGGGGUUGGUUACUUGGCUGGGGUUGUGAUGUGUGAGGCUUUACUGUUGAGGUUGUGCUUCAAGUUCUGGCUCGGGUCGGGUAGUUCAAGAAUGGAGCUAGAGAAGGAUGUGCGCGAUUCGGCGAUUCAUAUGAUAAAUGGGUUCCGGAGCUUUUGGUUUCUUGAUACUCUUCUCAAGAUGCUGUUAGAGCCAAAUUUUCCAUUCACUUCCCUACUGAGUUCUGAAGAUGAGGCACUUUUACAAGAAGUUCUGCAUGAUGUUGUCAUAAGGUUAGGAUAUCCAUUCCUUGAACCUCCAAGAGGGAUUCAGCUGGCCGAAAAACACUUGAAAAAUCUUAUUCUGACAUGGUUGCUCGUUGUUGACACUGCCAUACAUUCUGUUAGGGAAAAAGGUAACCAGGCCAGAGCCUUUUCUUAUAUUAAUGCCUUCUCUGAAUCUUGCUUACCUUCUCAGUUGAUCAAAUGGGUCUCUAUUCAGACUAUUACCAGGCAAAAAAUAAGCAAACCUGACGCUUCCACUCCUGUAACUCUUCUUAGGUGGCUACUAAUUCUAGAAGAGCAAGGGGUUAGAGUAUUUGAUUGUGACAUCUUGAAGCUCCAGGUCAAAGCAGUAAUUUGUAAGUCGAAAGUAGAGUGUGUUCUUCCAGAACUAAAACCAGAAGGCAAGAACCUGGAUGAAAAGCCUCGGUUUAGUUCUUCUGAGGAUGUGAGAGAGGAAGAUAAAUUUGAUGGUGAUGUAGAGAUGACUGAUUCUGUGGAGACUGCACUUUUGCGGGCUGAUGGCAUGAUGAAGACAACAGCAACUAAUGGCACAAGAAAACGCAAAGAAGGGACUCAAGAUGAAGAGGAACCAUAUUUUAAAUUUGUCAAGAAUCACUUUCAUGAGAGUUCGGUGAGAGAGAAGUGUUCAUGUAUGGGUAAAGACGAUGGUUUUAACAGAAGUGAGAUGGACAAUUCAGUUUCGGUGAAGAUAUGGAAGAUGUAAAGAAAUGAAUUUUGUUUGAUGCAACAGUAUGGGGACUGGAGGAUUAGCAAGCCAUAAUUGCUGCUAUCUGGAUACCAUUUUGCCAAAAUAGCCUUGCGGCGUGAUUCUUGUUAGUUGUUACUGCAGCCUGUUUCCUUGCUUUUGGGUUUUGCUAUCUUUGUUGUGAUAUAAACUUUGGGAAUAGAUAAGAAAAGCUUGAGCAACCAAACAUUUCUGUGAUUGAUCUUUAGUUUUAUUCCUUGGAGAGAUGCUGAGAAAAUGUAACACUGGCCUAUUGUCAUGCUGACAAUAUUGAGGCUGAUUGCCAUGUGCUACUCAAUACUUGAGCUGAAAAGCCUCUUUUGAACUCAAAUUACCUUUGUAUUAGAGAUGUUUCAGUUUAUGAUAGCAUUAUAUUCAAGUGUAACAUUUUGACGUUGAAUGAUUAAUAUUAGAUGC